GUUGACUAAAGUAGACGUAUAUCAUAUUUCUCGCAAGGUCAUGGUUUCUAAUCUGCCAAAUUAAAAUACCACUUUUUAUUUAUUUUCAAUUCAAUCUGACAUAUUUGUUUUACUCUAACAAGGAUCGUCGUUCAUAAGUUAUGAUGUAUUUAAGACUGUAUUCAUUCAUCACACUAUUGGUUGUGUAUUACGUUGAUAGUACACCUGAUGAUUCCUUCGAGACAGUUCACACCAGCAAUGCUGCAAUAUUUAAUCGCUUGGGAUUAACACCUAUAGAAAUUCCAGAAGGUCAUCACAAGAAGCGUGUUGCUGGGCCAGAACCUCCAAGACUCUCAAGUCUUCAAUCUCGAAUCCAUCAACCCUAUAGUAGACGUCAUGGUCAUCGUGACAGCCACGUGUACGUGGUGAAGUUACCAGCGAGUCAACCUUAUUACACCGUCACGAAACCGCACAAGUCGAUGAGUAAAGAUGAUAAAAUCUCAACAAGGAAUGAAGGCAGUAGUGUUGGAGAUAGAGGAGUUGUAGCGUCUAAUAGUGUGGUACAUCAGUCGCCGUCUGUUGGUUUUCAAAGUAAUGGUAAACCGGCAAAGAUUUAUCACUGGAACCUUCCGGUAAUGAAAAAAAUUACAGAAAAGAAACGCCUACAUGCACAAUUAAGAUUAGAACAAAUGAGAAAAGAGUUUAAUAAUGAUCCAAAAAUGAUUGAUAAACAGCAAAUUCAUCAUUUUUAUCCAUCAAAAAAUAUUCUCAAAAAUAAAUAUAACAAUGAUAAGAACAAUAAUAUCAAGCAUUUAUUAAAUACUAAUAAUGUUUAUGCUCACGAUGAUAAAUCUAAUGCAUUCAAACAUGUUAGAAAUAAUGAUAAGUUACUAAAUUAUCCAGAAAGUCGUGAGGAUUUUCGAAGAAUCAAUUUUAUUCCAGAUAAUUUGAAGAAAGUGAAUGAUUCUCGAAAGAUGUAUCGAUUAGAUUCACCACUUUAUAAAAUAGAAUCUCGUCCAAAUAAUCAUAUGCCAAGUUGGACGUUAUUUACUGAUUUGAAUCGUAAUAAUAAUAAUAACAUGGAAAAAGCCAAAAAACACAAGAAAAAAGCAGCAAUGUCCUACUAUGCACCUAUUAAUACUAAGACCGGAUCAAAUAACAUCCAUAAGAACUUCCAUGGGAACGGGAAGCCAAAGGCUUUUUAUGUUAUGGAAAAGAGUCGUAAGCCUGCUUACUAUCAUCCUCUUCUUCCGUAAUAAUUGAGAUGUUGGUUUGAACAAGAUAAAUUCAAAAAUGUAUAACUGACAAAGUUAUUUAAGAUAAAAAAAAAACAGAAAUGUUUUUGACAAUUAUGUACUUUUACUAGGACUGAGAGGAAAGAGACUUACACUCUUUUUUAUAUAAAAAUUGCAGUAAACAUAAUCAACAAUUAUUAUUUCAUGAAAUUUUUACUAAAACGCGUUUGCUAAUACGUGCAAUUUAAUAGUUAAAUCAUGAAGCUCAACCUAUAAUUAGUGAGAUAAAAAUUAAAAUCUUCCAUAAACUUCAAUAUGCAAUUUUAUUUAUAUAGUUGCUAUAUUUAUCAUUUUUUACAUAACUUAUUGAAUUAUCUAUCAAUCAGUUCAUUAUAACUGAUGAUCACAAUUUUUCUUAUUAUGUAAAUUAAAUAAGAAAUAUUAAUUCAAGUAUCUCAAUAGUGAAAUGGACAUUAAGAUUUUAUUUUCUUACCGUAUAAUCUAAUAUUAUA